AUGGAGAAACAAAGCAUGAAUACCCUCGAUGGGGGAAACCCUGAGCAAUCUAUUUUUCGUCCGGAGUCUGACUUUGCUCGCUAUAUCCCUGGAGGAUUCUCACCGUCAAGAUGUAUGAGACUACAGGGCAAGUCGAUGACAUACGCCAUCUUUCUCUUCGCUGGAUGCGCAAUUCUUUUCUUUGGCUAUGACACCGCAGUAAUGAGCCAAGUAAACAACAAUGCAGAUUAUAUGCAGCGAAUGGGGGUUGCCAGUGGCAGCGACAGGGACGCCGCAGCCAUUGGCGGACUCGUCAGUCUUUGGUUUGGAGGAUUUGCCAUCGGCGCAUUGCUUGUUGGAUACGUCGCUGACUCGAUUGGACGCCUCAAAACAAUCCAGUUGGGAUGUCUUUGGGGGAUCCUCGGGGCGGCCUUGUUAGCUUCGGCUACCAAUAUCACCUGGUUUGCUUUUGCACGGGUCAUCAGUGGAAUUGGAUGUGGUCAUUUGAAUACAAUGGUUCCUGUCUGGACGUCAGAAUUGGCGGACCCCCGUUUACGAGGCGCGUUUGUCGCUGUUCAAUUCACGUUAGCAAUGGUCGGAUCCACAACUGCCUAUUGGAUGGAAUUCGGCUGUCUGAAGACACAAUCUCUCUCUUUUACCUGGCGAUUCCCACUCGGGUUUCAGAUUGUGUUUUUACUGUUCAUUCUAGCCGCGGCCCCUUUCUACCCUGAAUCACCUCGUCACUUGGCCAAGAUUGGGGAUCUCGAAGGAGCUCGCUCGGUUUUGGGGAAAUGCCGUGUCGAUAAUAAUGAAAAUGCCAUUGAUACAGAGAUGGAGGAAAUUGUCGCGGCCAUUCGUGCCGAGGCUACCUCAACCUCACACAGCUUUUACAGCAUGCUGUUCAUCAAGGAUAAGCUCCACACCCGUCGUCGAGUCCUUAUUGGCUCUGGUGUACAGGUAAUGCAAAAGCUAACCGGCAUCGACUUCAUUGCGGUAUACGCUCCUAACAUGUUCGCGUUGUCUGGAUUCAAAGGAGAUAAACCUGCUCUUCUGGCAGGUGGGAAUUGGUUCGGAUACAUCGCGAGUCUUGCAUUAUCCAUUUAUCUAUGCGAUCGUGUUGGACGAAGAAAGUUGAUGCUGACGGGUUGUACGCUUAUGGGGAUUGUCCUGAUUGUUGGGGGUGUUCUUUCUCACGAGACAAUAUCUCAUUCGGACACCGACUCGGCCCUAGCCAACAAGUAUGGAUCAGGAGUCGCAGCUAUUCUAUACAUUUAUACCUUUGUUUACGGAAGUACCUGGCUGACAACUUGUUGGGUAUAUCCCACUGAAGUUUUCCCCCUCGCAAGCCGAAGUAAAGGUGCUGCUCUGGCUACUUUUUCUUUCUCCAUUGCCGGAGGAGCCAUCAACAUGAUCAUUCCCUAUCUGAUUGAAGCGAUUGGAUUCUGGGUGUUUAUUCUAUUCGCGCUGAUUAACCUCGCUCUAUUGGCGCCGAUCUACCUCUUCUACGCUGAAACCGCAAAUCGCCCUCUCGAGCAGCUUGAUGUGCUUUUCUCAGGGCCUAGCUGUAUUGCCUGGAAGGCAGAGAAACACUUUACUGCGAAAAUGAACGAGCAGGGUGGGAUUCUCGGCGAGGACCAGGAGAAGGCACAAUUUCAGGCACUCAACAGCUCUAACAUUUCCCACGAUGAUCAUGGUAACAUAUGGCAUGGUGCCGGGAUAGCUUCGGCGAAAAGGCCGCCACCUCCGCACGCCGAUCGCAUCGGUUUCACCCGAGGGCAAAUCGCUAUAUGGUAUGCCAUCAUGUUGAAUGCCGGGUGUAUCGCAACCGCUCUCCUGGCGAGUGCGACUGCUUGCCAGGCAGUAAUAUUUAAGCCACAAAAUGACUUUGAAGCUCUAUCUGGGCCCAACCAUACCAUUGCCUUGGAUCUACGCCCAUUCGUCAAUAACCGUGCAUUUGGUCUGAGUCCUAAUGAUUCGAGCUUUGACGGCCAAGGAAACUCAUAUCCGGCCAAGGAGAUUCCGCCAGAGAGGUUCGCCUAUGGAGGAGUUAAUUAUCGAUUCUCUCCAUACAAUGCAUCUGGCUACGACAAUGUCCUGGUCAAGGGACAAGAGAUUAAGGUACCUCGUGCCAAAUAUUUCAGUUACCAGAUGCUUGCUUCCUCUGAGUCUGGAACGGCGGCAGGGUCGGUCACAGCCAAGUAUGCUGACGGUAGCAAUACGACUGGCCCGUUACUCGUCCCAGCAUGGUGGAGCUGGCCGUAUCCCGCUGGAGGAGACCUCAUCUUUUCCUCUUAUCUCACGGAAAACAGCACGAAUUUCAACCGAACCAAUAUAUUCCAAACCAUUAAUUGGCUGGACUCGUCUAAAGAGCUUGUUUCGCUGAAGUUCCCCGAGUCCUCAUCUGGGUCUUCAACCGAACCUGGAGGCGCUGAAGUUGACACAAAACUGCACGUUUUUGCCUUGUCGCUUCUACCCGCCUCAAAGGAUGUUUCAAGAACACCAAGGCUUGAGACUCAGUAUGCUCGUUCUACGCAGAAAUGGAUGGAAGGGACUGACAAAGUCCAAAUCAUCGAGGUUCUGGUGAAUAAUGUCGGGUCUUCGUUCAUCUUGCGAAAUAACACUCUUCGAGUCCGGGUUGAGUCGCCGGGUCUGGAAACGGUCACCGAUGGAGUGAUCAAUCGCCUUGGGCCCGGUGAUCAGGCUGUAGUGGAGGUCGGUGUAAAGAAUCGUGACGGGGUGAAAUCAGGAGACUCUGGCCCAGCCACUGUAGUCAUCGAAGGCGAAGGGGUGGCAAGCAGAAAGUAUGCUUUCAAAGCGACCUACGGUAUUGGCCUGUACGAGGCUACUUAUGAAUCCAUCUACAGCCAUGAAGCCCCGAGCUGGUAUAACAAUGCCAAGUAUGGGAUCUUCAUCCAUUGGGGGAUUUAUUCAGUGCCCGGUUGGGGCAAUUCGGGAUCGAAGGAGAGCUACGCUGAGUGGUAUUGGUGGUGGCUCGGCCAAGGUCCUAGUGAUAAGACUGAUGUCUACGACUAUCAAAAGAAGACUUAUGGAACAGAACUCGCAUACGAUGAUUUCAUUCAGAAUUUUACGGCGGACGCGUGGGAUCCUAAAGAAUGGGUUGAUCUUUUCGCCGAUGCUGGUGCCAACUACUUUGUUCAAGUCAGCAAACACCAUGAAGGAUACGCUCUUUUCGAUCUUCCCGAGAAUGUUACCAAGAGAACAUCUGUGGCCAUGACCCCGCACCGAAACUUAGUACAGGAACUGUUUGACGCUUCCAAAAAAUACCAACCCCACUUGCAUCGUGCGGUAUACUACUCUCUACCGGAGUGGUUCCAUCCCGACUACAGAAAAUAUGGAUUCUCUUCUUGGCCUGGAGGAAAUGCUACCAAUCCUUUCACGAACGAAACACUUCCGUACACUGGAUACGUGCCACUUAACGACUAUAUUGAGGAUAAGAUACUACCUGAAAUGAAUACUCUGGCUGAUAUGGGCACUGAAAUCAUGUGGUGUGAUAUCGGUGGACCUAAUCGCACUGUUGAGUUUGCAUCACAGUGGUUCAACCAGGCAGCAGAACAGAAUCGGCAAGUUGUGAUGAACGCACGAUGUGGUCUACCGGGAGAUUUUGACACCCCUGAAUAUGCCCGGUAUGAUGGGGUCCAGGUUCGCAAAUGGGAGAGCAACCUGGGGAUGGACCCAUAUAGCUAUGGCUACAACCGCGCAACACCCUUGGCAAGCUAUAUGAACGCCAGCAGUAUUGUCACGAGCCUAAUUGAUAUUGUGAGCAAGAACGGGAAUUUCCUUCUAGAUGUGGGCCCAACUGCGAAUGGGACAAUUAUCGGUGUUGAACAAAGAAACCUGCGCGAGGCUGGUGUUUGGAUCAAGGAUCAUGCUGAGGCUAUCUUCAACACAACAUAUUGGUUUGUCACUCCCGAGGAGGGUGAUAGUGUCAGGUUCACCAUCUCGAAAGAUGCUUUCUAUAUCCAUGUGCUCGCCAAACCGAACAGUACUUUGACCUUGAAUAGUCCCAUUCCAUGGGUCAAUGGUGACAAGGUGACGGUACUGGGUGGAAAAAUGGAUGGUGAAGUUGUGCCAACAAGAAAGUCUAGGAAUGGAUCGGUAACUCUAUUCCCUAGCAAGGAGGUUGUCGCAGCCGAUCGGUUUGCUUGGGUGUUCAAGAUCUCCUAUUAG